AGGCCCUUCAGAGCCAACAGGAUCGCUCCGACUCUACAGCCAUGGCUCCCACUGUUUUUGGACAAGCAACUUACUGCAAGGAACACCUGACUCCUGCUCACAAGCUGAGAAAGCCAAUGGUGGAAAAGCUGCGCAGAGACCGAAUCAACACCAGCAUCGAGCAGCUGAAGUCCCUGCUGGGGCCCGAGUUCCUGCGGCAGCAGCCCGACUCCAAGCAGGAGAAGGCAGACAUCCUGGAGAUGGCGGUGGCCUAUCUGAGGAGCUGGCAGCAGCAGCAGCAGCAGCAGCAGCAGCAGCAGGCGCCCAGCCUGACCUCCGGCCUGAUGACGGCCACCGACGGCUACUCCCACUGCGUGCAGGAGGCCGUCAGCUUCCUGUCCCACUGCGGCGCCCAGACUCAGGCCCACAGGCUGCUGCUCAGCCACUUCCAGGGCCUGCAGACGUCCAGCAGGGGCAGCCCGUCGCCCCCCGCCUCCCCGCUGCGCCACGCCGCCUCCUGCAAGGGAGCGAGCCACGCCGGCGGCGCUCUGUGGAGGCCCUGGUGACCACGGAGGCCGCCGAGAGAAAACUACGUCUGUGAAGGUCAUGGACAGAGAGUAGAAGACUCACUGAAGUCUGCUUCCUUUUGCUUCGGCGGGAGAUUCGAUCCAGUCGAGUGUUUCACUGCGGGGUGAAACGUGCACCGUGUGCUCGUACUCCUGUGGAGGGACUGAGAUGAUUCCAUGUACACAGUGUGUGUGUGUGAACCCAGAGUGUUUCUGUAGGAAACUCCUGACUUUCUGUUUGUUUGGCAAACGUCUUGAAUCAUCGGAACCACACUGGUUCAGAUUCCCGGAGGUGUCUGUGACACUGAUCCAUCGAUGUGUUUACUGUUCGAUACCGAGUAUCACUGUUCGAUAAGUCCCAUCAGCUUCCUGCUGAUGAGCCAGAAACUAACCAGAAAUGGAUCCCAUGGAUUCAGCUUUAUUGUAAAUCUGAUUAGGAUUAUUCUUUACUCUUUAUGCUGACAAUGUGUAACCAUUAUUUGGUCUUUUUGUGAAAGAAAUGUUCCUACUGAUGCAGUAGCUCUUAUCGAUCCACUUGUGAUGAUCAGAAAUGAUGAUUUUCAUCUUCAAAUGAUUACCUUUUAUAAAGGUGUAUUUUUUUUAAUAGACUUCGAUCUUUUAUGGAAAAGAAUCUGUUGUGUUGCUUCCUAGAGAAGUUUGUCUUUU